AUGUUGGAGUCAGAGGCAGGGAUACCGGUAGUGUCGGCUUCAAACGCAAACGGUGACGCCGGGAGGGCCACUGUUGGAGCAGAAUUUGUGGGAACCUUCAUCCUGGUAUUUGCAGCAGCAGCAGCAGGGCCAAUAGUAAACCAAAAGUACAAUCAAUUCGCAGAGACACUAAUUGGAAAUGCUGCAGUUUCAGGACUAGCAGUGAUGAUGCAUAGUUCUGUCCAUCGGACACAUCUCAGGAGCUCCAUUUGA